CCCCCUCCUCCGCCUGAGGGACAAACAUGGCUCUUUUAGCCUAUGCGCUUCAGCUAUUUAUACCCCAGGCCUGGCCCUUUGUUCCUAUCGCUCGUGUAUGUCGCGACCGUUUCCACGUGGCGGCGGUCCCCCUUUGUCGGGUGAGUUUUCAGACGCUACACAAUCCGCCAUUCUACGGUCAUUGUCUACAUUGAUGGGGAUUCCCCCCUCCCAUCCCCCUAAGGAUAAAGGGGCCCGGUACGCGUCUCUAUAUCAUGCACAUCGUGCACCGGUCCUCCAAGGCCCUUCGCCCCGUCCAAAUCAACUGGCCUCCUGCUCCCCCCCUCUUGAGCCUCUUUCACCGUAGCUGGCGACAUCCACAAUGCUCACCUCAACAUUCCUCCUCGCCUUGGCCGGUGUCGGCCCCUUCACUCCUACCCUCGCCGCCGCCGCCGAUGAAGACGCGCCCCAGAAGCCCCUGAACCCCGACGCCGCGAACCCAUCCCCACCGCGGCCCUCCGUCCCGCUCCUCCCCGGUGCUGGGUCCCACAUCCUCGCCUUCGGCACCGUCGCCGCGUCCUCCUCCACCGUUUUCUGCUCGCCCUUCGAGAAGGUGUGCGACGGCAAGUGCAUCCCUAUAUCGGGGGCCUGCUGCGACACCGGCCGCGGCGGCUACUGCGAGGAGGGCAACUACUGCCUCGCCGGCGGUUGCUGCAAGACCGGCAAGACGUGCUCAGGCCCGCCGCAGGGGUGCGGCGCCGGUAAGGUGCUCUGCAACGGCCUCUGCAUCCCCGUCGGCACCGUGUGCUGCCCGUCGGGCGGGUACUGCGCCGCCGGGGAGACGUGCGCGGCGGACGAGGCCUGCGUCAAGUCCUCCGGCGGCGGGGGUGACGAUGGACAGUGCGAGGCCGGCAAGGUGGUCUGCGGGAGCGGAUGCAUGCCGGCCGGCGAGGUAUGCUGCUCAACGUACUACUGCAACGCCGGGGAGACGUGUGCGGCGAACGGCAAGUGCAACACGGGCGGCGGUAGCGGUGGCGGUGGUGGCGGCAACGGCGGCGGUGGCUCCAAGUCCCAGUGCGAGACAGGACAGGCGCCGUGCGGUGCCGGGUGCAUGCCCAAGGGCGUGGUGUGCUGCGAGACGUUUUACUGCUUCGAGGGGCAGACGUGCGCGGCGAACCGCAAAUGCCGGAACCCCAGCGGCGGGGACGGCGGGGAGAACAACGGGUCCGUGACGUCGUCCAGCCCGCGGCUGAUCCGGACGACGACGACGACGACGGCGCGUCCCGUGUCCACGACGGCGUUUGCGAACGAGCCGGAGCCGAUAACGACGACGACGACCACAACGACGACGUCAAAAGAAGGGGACGAUGAUGUCUCAACUUCGACUUCGGCCGUCUUUACCCGGACGGCGUCCACGGAGGCCACAACGCCCACGACGGGGACUGGGCAGACGACAGGGUUGGCGGCGCCGAGCACUCCCGCCAAUGGAGGCGCCGGGCGCGUUGCGAGGAAUAUCGAAGGCGCGAUCCUUGUGAUGGGCCUGUUCGCAGCAGCGCCGCUGGUCGUCUGAGGGUAGAUGUCGUCAGCGUGGAAAAAAUAGCUUGGGGAUCACGAUCGACGAGCACAAGAUACCAAAGGGCGUUU